UCUAGCAGCUAGAGCUCCUUCAUGGGUUCUCCUCUAUCCCCCUUUCCUUUGCCACUGCAAUGCCUCUCGAUUAGCCCACAGAGGGAGGUGGUUACACUCCCUUCUUCUGUUCAGGUAGGGCAGAAUGCUGGGCAUGUACGUGCCGGACAGGUUCGCCCUGAAGUCAUCUAAAAUUCAAGACGGGAUGGGGCUCUUUACGGCCCGGAGAGUGAAAAAGGGUGAAAAGUUUGGACCAUUUGCAGGAGAAAAGCGAAUGCCACAGGAACUGGAUGAAAACACAGACUGCAGGCUAAUGUGGGAGGUUCGUGGAAAUAAAGGUGAAGUGCUUUAUGUUCUGGAUGCUAGCAAUCCAAGGCAUUCUAAUUGGUUGCGUUUUGUACAUGAAGCACCAUCUCAAGAACAAAAGAAUCUGGCAGCUAUCCAGGAAGGAGAAAACAUUUUCUAUCUAGCUGUUGAAGAUAUUGAAACAGAUACCGAACUUUUGAUUGGUUACCUUGAUAGUGAUAUGGAAGAAGUGGAGGAAGAUGAUGAAGAGGAAACCAUUAUUAACCAGGAAGAAGAGGAUAGCAACAACAACAGUAACGGCACUCAUAAGGAUUUGCAACAAACUAAUGAAAAAGAUUGUUCUACCUGUAAAGAGGACCAUGCUUGUCCAAGCUGUGAAUCUAGUUUUGCAAGCCAGGAAAUAUUAGCUGAACAUCUUCAGACACUGCAUCAAAAACCCAGUGAAGAAAAAGAAUUCAAAUGCAGGAAUUGUGGAAAGAAAUUCCCAGUAAAGCAAGCUUUACAGAGGCAUGUCCUUCAGUGCACAGAAAAUGUGAAUCCAGGAAAUUAUUCAAGAAGUUUUCAGUGUUCUGUUUGCAACAUAUCCUUCAGCUCAGAAUUGAGUUUUGAACAACACAAAGAAGCCUGCCGAGGUGAUGCUAGGUUCGUAUGCAAGGCUGAAAGCUGUGGGAAGAGGUUCAAGAGUAAGGAUGCCUUGAAAAAGCACAAGGAAAAUGUUCACACUGGAAACUCUAGGAAGAGGCUGAUGUGCUCAGUAUGUAAUAAGAGGUGCUCUUCAGCAGCAAAUCUUCAAGAGCAUCGAAAGGUUCAUGAAAUAGUGGAGUGUCAAGAAUGUGACAAGAAAUUUAUUUCAGCUAAUCAGCUAAAACGUCAUAUGAUAACUCACUCAGAAAAACGCCCUUACACCUGCGAGGUUUGCAAUAAGUCCUUCAAACGACUUGAUCAAGUGACUGCACACAAAAUAAUACACAGUGAAGAUAAACCCUAUAAAUGCAAGCUUUGUGGAAAGGGAUUUGCCCACAGAAAUGUUUACAAGAAUCACAAGAAGACACAUUCUGAAGAAAGACCAUUUCAGUGUGAAGAAUGUAAAGCUCUAUUCCGAACACCAUUCUCUCUACAAAGACAUCUUCUGAUUCAUAAUAGUGAAAGAACAUUUAAGUGUGAUCACUGUGAUGCUACAUUCAAACGGAAGGAUACUUUGAAUGUUCACAUACAAGUUGUUCAUGAUGGCCAUAAGAAAUAUAAAUGUGAUCUUUGUGACAAAGCCUUCGUAACACCAUCUGUUUUAAAGAGCCAUAAAAAAACUCACACAGGUGAAAAAGAGAAGAUUUGUCCAUACUGUGGGCAGAAGUUUGCAAGUAAUGGAACUCUGAGAGUACAUAUUCGAAGUCACACAGGUGAACGCCCUUAUCAAUGUCCCUACUGUGACAAAGCUUUUAGCAAGAAUGAUGGAUUAAAAAUGCACAUCCGUACCCAUACAAGAGAAAAGCCUUAUCAGUGUUCUGAGUGCAACAAGGCUUUCAGUCAGAAACGUGGCCUGGAUGAACACAUGAGGACACACACAGGAGAGAAGCCAUUCCAAUGUGAUGUGGGUUAA